AUGUCUGCACGCAUCGCUCGAUCUUCAAUGGCCUUGAGGCCCUCUAUCCCUAUCCAGCGUGGUUUUCGCACGACGAGAUUACUUCGAAACAAUGAGAAGGAGCCUAUUGGACCUAAAUCUCAAGAUCGACCUAUGAGCAAGAGUCAAAAUUCGCAGACGGUCAUGUUGGGAGGAGUUGGUCUUGCGAUUGGUGCAGGCUUCUUCUUCCUUAUGUCACGACCUGAGAAAGCAAAGGAACAGCCUGUCGAGGGUGUAAAGUCAAAGCCCGUGAGCCCCAAAUAA